UACAAUCCGCCGGCGCAUCCACCACUCUUGGCCCGCUCCCUCUUGAGUCGGUCGACGUUCACGGGCGGCAUGGCGGCGAGCAAAGGCGCGAGGAAGAACCUGGUGUCGAGGACCCUGGAGCGGUGCAGGUCCGGGCUCGCCAGCGGCGGCCGGUCGUCGGCGGCGGUGGCGCCGGGGUGCUUCUCGGUGUACGUGGGCCCGGAGCGGGAGCGAUUCGUGGUGCGCGCCGACCGCGCCAACCACCCGCUCUUCCGCCGUCUCCUCGACGACGCCGAGCAGGAGUAUGGCUACGCGGCGCAGGGGCCCCUCGCGCUGCCCUGCGCCGUCGACGCCUUCCUCGACGUGCUCUGGCACAUGGACCACGACGUCCACCACGACGACGACGACGAGGUCGCCUCGGCACCGUCGACGCCGAUAUGCGGCCUGCAGCGCGCCGGCAGCGGGAACAUCAAGGUCCGGCCGGCGGGGUACCGGGUGCUCAGCCCGGCCAAGUCCACGCCGGCGUCCUUCUUCUUCUCGCAGACGGCGGCUGGCGGUAGGAGGUGAGCUCUAGGCGCGCAGCUAGCUAGCAGGAGCGGCUUGCAUGCAGAACCGAGAGGAAUCUGCGCGAGCAUACACAGAUCGAGCAGGUGCUUAAUUUGCACAUACUUAGACGUCUCAAUCACACACAAACGAAAGGAAAGAAGAUCGAUUCUAUGCAUGCAUGUAAGCGCGUGUGUUUGGUGUUUUCUUGUAUUACCAGUUUCAUCUACUUUUUUUUGCGGGUGACCAGUUUCAUCUACUACC